UCCCCAAACUUUCUUCAUCUCCAGCAUAUAGGACAGCAAUAUGAGGCCUGAGAACAAAAGCAGCAUGUCUGAGUUCCUCCUCCUGGGGCUUCCCAUCCCACUGGAGCAGCAGGGCAUCUUCUUCGCCCUGUUCCUGGGCAUGUACUUCACUACAGUGCUGGGGAACCUGCUCAUCAUCUGGCUUAUCGGGCUGGACUCUCGCCUCCACACUCCCAUGUACUUCUUCCUCAGCCACUUGGCCUUCUCUGACAUUUUCCUUUCAUCUGUCACAGUUCCAAAGAUGCUCAAGAACAUGCAGACUCAGCAACCAUUCAUCCCCUAUGUGGGGUGCAUUUCUCAGAUGUGUCUUAUCAUAGUUUUUGGUUGUCUUGACAAUUUCCUUCUUGCAGUGAUGGCAUAUGACAGAUACGUGGCCAUCUGUCAGCCACUCCACUACACAACUGUUAUGAGGCAGGAGCUGUGUGUCUCACUAGUAGCUGGGUCCUGGUUCUUCAGUUGUGCACAUGCACUUUUGCACUCCCUCCUCUUGGUCCAAUUUAUGAGGCCAGAGAGCCAAAGCAGUAUAUCCAAGAACCUCCUCUUGGGGCUCCCCAUCCCACUGGUACAGCAGGGUGUGUCCUUCUCCCUGUUCCUGGGCAUGUACUUGACCACGGUGCUGGGGAACCUGUUCAUCAUCCUGUUCAUCAGACUGGACUCUCGCCUCCACACACUUUUUUCUCAGCCACUUGGCUUCACUGACAUCUCCCUUUCAUCUAUCGUGGUUCCUACAAUUCUGAUAAACGUGUGUAGUCAGAAUAAAUCCAUCCCUUAUGCUGGAUGCAUUUCACAAAUGUAUUUAUUUAUUAAUUUUAGUUGCAUUGACAGAUUUAUUCUUGGAGUGAUGGCAUAUGACAGGAAUGUGGCCACCUGUCACCCUCUCCACUAUACCAUCAUCAUGAGGGAUGAGCUUUGUAUUAUUCUACUUGCUGGAUCCUGGUACUCGUCUUGUAGCCAUGCUCUGUUGCACACCCUCCUCGUAGACCAGCUGUCCUUCUGUGCAAGUACUCUCAUCUCCCUCUUCUUUUCUGAUCUUGCUGUUGCUAAGUCCUCCUGCUCAGACACCUUCCACAAUAAGCUGCUUAUGCUCAUUAAGGGAGGACUGAUCUUCAUUCUGCCAUUGAAUGCUAUCUUGGGCUCAUAUGUCACCAUGGCAGUCAUCAUCCUGAAAGUUCCCUCCAUCAAGAGAAUCUGUAAAGCCUUAUCUACAUGUAGCUCCCACCUCUUUGUAGUAUUUUUAUACUGUGGGGCAAUUGAAGGUGUUUACUUUUUCUUCUCAGCAGGCAACUCCAGAGACAAGGAAAUUGCUUCUGUGAUGCACAAUGUUGUCACCCCUAUGCUGAAACCAUUUUUUGAUAGCUUGAGGAAUAAAAUCAUAAAGCAUGUUUUUCCGAAAAACUCAUGA